AUGGCCGAUUACUCCACCGUCCCUCCACCAAACGCAGGCAACGCCGGUGGGGUCAACGACGCCUUUUUGGACGCGCUGCAGAGGGCGAGACAGAUUGCUGCUAAAAUAGGAGGAGAUGCACCACCACCUAUGAAUUCAAAUGACUACAACUUUACAGGGCAGAAGAGACCAUUAGAUGAUGGAGAUCAGCCAGAGGCAAAGAAAGUAGCUCCAACAAAUGACUCUUUUUCACCUUCACUGCCUCCAAUGCAUCAACAACAACAGAGGUCCGUUGUUACCGAAGAGUACAAAGUUCCAGAUGGAAUGGUUGGAUUCAGUUCAUUGAGAGGUGGUGAACAGAUUUCACGCAUUCAACAGGAAUCUGGCUGCAAGAUUCAGAUUGCUCCAGAUAGUGGUGGGAUGCCUGACCGAUCCUGCAUGUUAACUGGAACCCCUGAUUCUGUCCAAGGUGCAAAGAGGUUGCUCGAUCAGAUUGUUGAAAAGGGAAGGCCCACUCCUGGAUACCAUGGAGAUGGCCCUGGGAGCACAGUUCAGGAAAUCAUGAUUCCUUCUGGUAAAGCUGGACUGGUCAUCGGAAAAGGAGGGGAAACUAUUAAACAACUUCAGGAACGUGCAGGAGUCAAGAUGGUCAUGAUUCAGGAUGGACCCCAAAACACAGGAACAGACAAGCCAUUAAGAAUUACAGGAGAUCCUUACAAAGUGCAGCAAGCUAAGGACAUGGUGUUAGAAUUAAUACGUGAUCAAGGAGGUUUCAGAGAAGCAAGGAAUGAAUAUGGCUCAAGAAUAGGCGGGAAUGAAGGAAUUGAUGUACCCAUACCUCGAUUUGCUGUUGGAAUUGUAAUAGGCAGGAAUGGUGAAAUGAUCAAGAAAAUUCAGAGCGACGCAGGCGUCAGAAUUCAGUUUAAACCAGAUGAUGGUUCAACUCCAGAAAGAAUAGCACAGAUCACAGGUCCUCCAGACAGAUGUCAGCAUGCUGCAGAGAUCAUAACAGACUUGCUGCGCAGUGUCCAGGCCGGAAAUGCUGGUGGCCCUGGUCCGGGUGGCAGAGGAAGGGGUAGAGGAGGACAAGGAAACUGGAAUAUGGGCCCCCCCAGGAGGUCUGCAGGAAUUUAACUUUGCUGUUCUCACAGUAAAAAAACUGGACUCAUCAUUGGAAAAGGUGGUGAAACUAUCAAGAACAUAAGCCAACAAUCUGGAGCUAAAAUAGAGCUUCAGAGAAACCCUCCACCGAAUUCCGACCCAAACAUGAAGUUAUUUACUGUGCGCGGCUCUCCACAACAGAUAGACUAUGCAAGGCAACUAAUUGAAGAAAAAAUAGGGGGCCCAGUUAAUCCGUUAGGGCCUCCAGUUCCUCAUGGACCCCCUGGAGGUGUACCUGGCCCCCACGGACCUCCUGGACCUCCAGGCCCCGGUGCUCCCAUGGGACCAUACAACCCUCCACCAUAUAACCCAGGACCUCCAGGCCCAGCACCACACGGUCCCCCCGCGCCAUAUGCCCCACAGGGCUGGGGCAACACAUACCAGCAUUGGCAGCAGCCAGCUCAGCCAGACCCAAGUAAAGCAGGAACAGACCCCAAUUCUGCAGCAUGGGCAGCUUAUUAUGCUCACUAUUACCAGCAGCAAGCACCUCAGCCACCUGCAGCUCCAUCUGCUGGACCAGCUCCAACCCAAACUAAUGGACAAGUUGAUGCCCCAGCUGCCCCUCAAUCUGGCCAAGUGGAUUACACAAAAGCUUGGGAAGAGUAUUACAAAAAAAUGGGCCAGCAAGCCCCUCCUCAAGACUACUCCAAAGCAUGGGAAGAAUAUUACAAAAAGCAAGGCCAAACGGUUCCAGCUGCAGGUGCGGCACCACCUGCUGGCCAGCCUGAUUACAGCGCUGCCUGGGCAGAAUACUACAGACAACAAGCUGCAUAUUACGCACAGACCACAAGUCCCCAAACAAUGCCACAGCACCCUCCUGCGCCUCAGGUAUGUCAUUAA